AUGGAGGCGUUCUUCGCGUUGUUGGAGAGCAUCAGGGAAAUGAGAAAGCGGAGUCCAGUGGGAAGCGGCGAGCCGAGGAAGAAGGCCAAGGUAGGGGGCUCGGUGUGGACACCGACUUUCCAGUGGGAGGACUUCGCCAGCGCUGCGGAUUCCGGAAAUUGGAAGGGCUCCAAUCCAUCCGUGGGCAUCGGCCAGGGGAAGGAGGAGAAGGAAGACGAAGGCCCAUGGGGGUGGGGGGGUCGGGCAAGGACUUUCCUGCGGGUAUUGACGAGUGAGAAUGAAUCAUUAAUCUACAGUCAGAGCCCUGUCCAUGAUGAGCUUUGCUGGAGAGACCGUAACAUUUCUCUACCGAUCUCGCUUUGUAGCUACGAGUCAUUUGAGCUCCAAUAUCAUGAUAUGCGAUUAUGUCGCCUUGCAAGAUGUAUCUGAGGAAACAAUUUCUUGGCCUGACAUAGAAUCCACGUACGGAUUUACCAGAAAAAAUGUUAACACUGGUUAUUUUUACUUGGCUAUUGAGAUUUUGAAGUCAAGUAUCAUGCAUGUUAAAAAUAUAAAAACAUAACUACAUUAUCAAAAUAAUUAUAAAAACUCAUAGGAUAACGAUGCCGGCAAGCCUCAUAAAACAAUGAGGCUCUUGCAACAAUCAAGCUAAUAACCAUAUAGAUAUAUUUUUAGUAUGCUAUAUCCUUUUGCCCAAAACGUGAAGUUGAGAGAUAUGGUUGAUAACUAUGAUACUUUGUCUUCAGUGUUUCUGGACACAUGACUGUAGCUUACAUUUUGGAAACAUUUUACUUUCAUUUUGUAAUUUUGUAGUGGUAACAUUUCAAGGAAAUAAUUUAAUUGCUCAAAGGCAGCAAUCCUCAAGAUUAACUUUGAAUGAAUUUUUUUUAGACUUUUAUAAUACAUAUAAAUGGGAAAAAAGACUACUAUGAAUACACUUCUUGAAGACUAAACUAACUACCUAUUGAGGAGUUGGUGAGCAAUGACUAUUACAAAUAAUGGAUAUUUGAAUGAAAAAAAGUAAAGCAUAUGAUGUGGUUGUUCAAAGAAAAAAUGAAAAGUUGUAUGAUGAAAAGAGAGAAAGGUAGAUGUACAAUGAUCAUAAUGAGAUCAUUGUCUAGGUACAAUGAGGGCUUUCUUAUCCUUUCUGAUGAUGGGUGGGAGGGGUCAUCCUUAUGUUGAGAGCAAAGAAGAUGCCUUCCCAUCCUUGCAUGUUAUAGAGUUAUUGGGCCUGUUUUAGAGGGAAUUGAUUACCCUUCGGCUAAGGUCUUCUUAUUAGGAAGGAGGGGCCUUUGUACUUUCAAAAUUUUGAAACUUUUUUUUAAUUUAUAAAAUAAAUUAAUGCAGAAUAUUUGUGUAAUGGUUAAUUUUUCAUAUUUUUGAUAAUUUCAUGUGAGGGAUAAAAUUGUAUGAUAUCAUGUGACUUCCAUACAUGUUAUUUAUUGGUUAAAUUCCAUGUAAAUCUGGGUCCAAAUUUUGAACGGUCAAAGGUGUUGAUUUUUGAACAUAUUUGACACUAGUGACGUAUCUUUGGUUUAAAUAUGCAUUCAAAAAGUGUCUUCCUAUCAUCAUAUAACAUCUAUUGCCUUUUCAUAGAAAACCUAAGGCCCUAAGUAUUUUUACAGUUACCGACUAUAGUCAAUCAAUUUAUCCUACUAUGAGUUAGUGACAAGACAACCAUAUCGAGUAAAUGAAACAUUUUUUUUUGGUAAAUUUCAGACUCUGAAAAGGAGAUGGUUACUAUUUCUUCAUCAACUUUAAAUGCUUUUCAGUGAUAAACUAAAGGACAAAUUGUUUAUGUUCUUACAGUCAAAAAAUAUUUGAUCAUAUUUGGAUAAGGUAUGAUAAGAUAAUGGGAUGAAGGUAUUUCCAUUGAUAUCGCAAAUUUCAACAUUCCACUUGGUUUGGAAACUAUUUGAAGCAAUUUCGAAAUGCAGUCCCAUAAUUGUUCAAGAAGAGUACACUUGAUCAAGGGGGGGGCCAGUCUACUCCAUGAGGUUGAAGGCCCCAUCUACUUAUAGGGAAGAACUCCCUCAUGACUUUUUAACCUCUAAGGCUAACAUGCCUUGAUGUUUGAUUUGACAGCUUGACGAUGUGGACACAAAGGAAAAGGACACUAACCAUCGUUCUAUUCGCAAGACCACCGCACACGUUGUCAUGGAUUGUCGUGCAGUCUCCAUACCAGUAGUAGUUCUACACUUGAAACAUUGUUCUCCAAGUGUGGGGUGUCACACGAGAAAUUCAAUUCCCCUUUGGCAUCUUGCUUUGGGGCGAGGUCAGCUUUAUCCUCCUCACCCCCAUUACACCUGAUAUUCAAUUCCCCUUUGGCAUCUUGCUUAGCCUACCCCUGUAGACUAAGUUCCCUAUAAACCUAGCCAUCCCUUGUCCAUGACACCCAUCUAGGGUAAGAGAGGAUGACUCCUCAAGCAUCCUUGAGGCCCAGAUUGGGGCUGCUAGAGGUGGUAAAUUUUUUAAAAGGGGCGUUCUUCAGUUCGCAAGCUCCUUCCGGAUAUUUUAGUAUGAUUCAUAGCUUCAUAAUUAUGUGAAGUGAUGAUUAUCAGAAGAUAGGUUCUACUUGUUAUCCUCUUGACGGCGGGUGGGUGUAAUUAGUCGGUUUAUUCAUAAAUCCCGUAAAUGGGAGAUUGUAGAGUAUUUCUCAUAGCCAAUAGUUUUCAAAAGUUUUAAUUUCUUUAUAAAUAAAACCUGAUGAUUGGAAUCCAUGUUGAUUACCCCUCCCUCCCCUUAUUUCCGUACAAAUACAAUAAUGCCUCGUGUAAAGUUUGUGAAAAGUAUCGCCUUUGACGAUAAUAAUAACAAUCACGUUUGUCAUAGCCGGCACGCGCCUAAAUCACGUGACAUCGUGA